GGCUGCAAGCGGGUGGGAGCGGAGCGGAGCAGAGCAGAGCGAACUGGAGGCCGUUUGCCAGCGCUGGACGCUUGCAGAAUGGAGCCGUACCCUGCUCCGUGCCCCGUCUGCCCGGCAUGGUUUGGAAGCAGGUGGGAGCGCAAGUCCAGGAAGAAGGCAUCGGCCAACAUAUUCCAGGACGUGGACCUGGGACAGUUGCAAGCGCUGUUCAGGAAGAGCGGCGAUGAGAACGCCGAGGAGCGGGCGAGGAUCAUCUGGGAGCGAGAGAAGCAGGGGGAACAUGACGUUACCCAGGCUCUGAUGGAGCUGAAGUCGAAGAAGACUCAGUUCUUUUUCCAGCACAACAAAAGUGGCGCAGAGUUUUUGGGACUGAUAUGGCUCAAAGCCUUUAACAAACUGCGCAUCAAGGAUCGAGAGUGGGGUUGUGAGUUCGAAUCCAGCGGCGUCGUGGAACGAUCGCAGAGAAGCAAGAUGAAGCGAAAGAGAUUAAUCGCAAAGAGGUCGCUCAGGAACCUGCUGUAAAACGGGAACUGUCACUACCGGCUGCUGCAUCAACUUCAUGAACACCUACAUGCAAACUACUGGGGAAAUGAACCUUGUGUAUUAAUAUUCCGUUUCUACUGCCAAACGUUUGUCCAUGUUGCUUUUGUGAUUUUUUUAAUUUAAAAUUCUGAACACUAAAACCGUCUUUUCAAAUGACCAAUUUCAUUCCGUUUUAUAGAAAAAAAAUUGUCUUCUGCAUUUCAAUAAAUUUGUGUCAUUAAUAAAA